GAGAGAAGAAAGUUGAAGUUGCUUUUGGACUCUUCAAGUUGCAAAGCUUCUAAUACUGAUGCUUCUAAUACUGAUACACAACAACUGACAAAGAAAGAACAGGCAGCUGUAGAUGCCCAAUUUGCUAAAGAGUCACAAAUAUGA